GAAGGAACUACUUAUGAAUGCGGUAAUUACUGGGAAGUAAAUAGGUCCGGAAAAAAUGGAUAAUAUUCUCCAACAAAAAUAAUACAUUCAUGUAUCACCAAUUACCACUGUAUGCUACCUGAUAUCUUCAUAGUUCAUAGAAAAUGGACAAACUUUCGAUAAUAUCGGGUGCAUUAUUUUUUGCAGCCGAUAUAUUUGCAGUUGUGAGUUUAGCAAUGCCUCACUGGAUAGUUUCUGAAAUAGGAGGGGAUACUAACAUUGGACUGCUGAAGACAUGUCUAACGAUAUAUGGCAGACCACAAAUUUGCUUUAUGCCGAGUCCAGUUCGUGGAGAAUGGCUGUUGACAUUCAUCUGUAUUGUUUUGGGCAUAAUCUGUAUUAGUGUUACUAUUGUAUUGCUUGCAUUGUCUUACUGGGAGUACCGUGUUAUGAAGUUUGCCAGAUGGCUUGGAUUUGUAGCAAUGAUUUUAUUUUGCCUAGCCGCUGUGAUUUUCCCAAUUGGCUUUGACAUGGAUCAGAUAGGAGGUGAAGCUUACCAGCUGCCAAACAACUACAGGGUUGGAAUCUCCUAUAUUUUCUUCGUCUUAGCUUUGUGGAUCACUGUCGUCUCACAGUUGUUUGCCAGCAAAGUCUGCCUGCCACACUUUUAAAUAUCUGACACUGCACCAGGCUUAGUUACACAGAUUAGGUAUAUUGUAUCACCUAGUUGACAAAUGCCUUGGAUCUUAAGAAUGGAUACAUGCUUACAUUGAUAGUAUUAUUAAUUUUCAGUUUUUAACAAACCAUUCCAAACAUGAAUUUUUUUUAUUUUUUUUUAUUGUUAUAUAAUGAAAAAAAUGUAUUAUAGAAGUGUACAGUUUGUAUAUUUAGAAUUUAAAAUAUAAUUCAAAAUUUGACUAGAUUGAGUGAUAGAGAACACUAAAAAGUGCAAUAUUUCUGUUUUGUCUAACUUCAGGCUUGUGAAGAUUGUAAAAAAUGUAUCAUUGUAAAAUAUGUAUAUAGUUUUUAAAAAUGCAUUUUUGUUAAAUGCUUUAAAAACAUGUCAUCUCAUGUUUGUUUCUGUGUAGUAUUUCUCUGAACAGAUCUCCCUGUAAACAAUGAACAAAGUAAUGAUACUUUUCAUUGAGUACAUCUAACAUGUAAUAGCUUUUGUUCUGUUGUUCUACCACUGGAACAGUAGGCAACAUGAUUACAGCAGUGAUCAAACAUACUUUCUUACUUUUAUUUGCAUUUGAAAACAAAAAUUAUAGAAGGUUUGUUUGUAUUUGAUCAAACAUUAAUUGUUAUGUAUGUCUUUCAGUAAUUAUGUUUAAGUUCAUAUUACAGUGAUGUUAUUUUUUGUCAUUAGCCAAAAAGCAAGUCUACAAACUUGUCUUGGUACAAAAUUUUGAUUACUUAGCUGAAACAUAUUCAAAUUUCUUAGCUUUUUAUUUAAUUAAAAAGGGAAAAUUAAAAAAAAAUGAUACUCAAUUACCUUCAAGCUCUUUAUGUAUUUAUCAAGGACUAAAACUUGUUGCCAAACUUGCUAAUUUUUUGGUGUGUAAUAAUAAUCUAAAAUUUAAGUUCACAAUAGGUUUAAACAAAAAAAUACUUAAUAUUUAAUAAUAAUAUUUAAAAGUUUACAUUACUAUGUAAAAUGGAAUCCCAACUCUUUUUUCUGAGCUGUUAAAACUUUAGGAAUUUAUCUUUCUAAAUAAAAUCAAGGUUAACAAGUCCAACGCUACUCAACAAAAAAAAAAAUAAUUAUAAUUUUAAAAAGUUUAAUCAGUUCUAAAAAUUUAGAUCUUGUCAAAACAAUAAAAUAUUUGUGUAAAUAGCAUUCAAACCAAGGCCAUGAUUAGUAGCAUACAAAUUACUUACACUAUUGUACUUCAUAGUACUAUUUGUGUGAACCAGGAAAUUCUAAUUAUGUCUAUGAUGUGUGUCGCUGCCAUUAAUUAUGUGUCAGAGCAAAUGAUUGUUUUUUUUCAUUGCAAGGGCUGGUGGCAUCUUUGAUAUAAAUGUAUACAUUUAAGCCUACUUAUAAAUAUGUUAAAAGUUCAAAGUUUACUAUAUAUUUGAUAGCAUUUUCUGUUCAACUCAGUUCUUUUAUUACAUUAUAUCAUAUUCAGUUAUCAAAAGGUCAAUGUAACAUAUCAAGCUGAUUGAGGCAGUGAAAUUGAUGAUUUUGUUCUCGUUGCAUACACUUGUCUAUAUUCAUUUUUUAUGUACUGGGACUGUAUGGCUUCUAUUUGAUGUUGAUAUGAACCAACCUUAAAAAAGAGAGCUGUUUAAUCAACAAUGCUGAUUGCUUCAAUUAGAUCUAAAUCAAACAGUGUGAUCUGGAAUUAAAAGGGAAAACCUUCCAAUAUUAAUCUUAAUUAAUCUUUCAUUUGGAUUUUAAGAUUUUCUUUCCAUUGUAUGUCUUUAGUGACUUACUGACCUCUAAUCGGCACCUUGUGUAAACUUUAUAUCUCAAUGCCCAAUAACGCAUUUUGGUUGCGAAUUAUUGCUCUGUUGUAAUAUUAAUUCUGUGUUUAUUUUUUGCCAAAUGUAUUGUAGUCUUGUGGUGCUAGUUAUUUAAUGGAUGGUGUUUUUGGUUACUAUAAAAUGUCAUUUAAUUAGCUUGUGCACAAGUAACUUGACAUGUUAGUUAAUUCUCUUUUGUCACAUUGCAUGGCUUCAUUGCAUAAAAAAUGUAUAUGAAAUAUAAUCUUUAGUCAAUGGCAUUUAUAAAAUAAUUUUCUAUUUUGAAAAAAAAAAUUUUUUUACAUUGUUAUGUAUUUAUCUUCUUCUGUCUAAAUGUACACAUGAACACACAAAUGAAAACAAUGCAAAGAACUUGAACUUCCAUUUCUUAUAACUUUAUUUACUAAAGAAAUCUAGUAAUUAGCCGCAGUACAUUAGAAGUUGAAAGACUCUGCUUUCAACUUUGCGAUAUCUGCUUUCAGCUGUACUUAUCUCUAUUAAAUUUGUAACCAGCCGUACUCAGCUCAACCGCCUUAGUCAACUGCCUGUACAGUUCUCUCUGGUUUUUAUAGGGUUCCCAAGUUGGUUUCAUUUUCAUUUCUUGGUGUUUUGUGUCCAACUGUGUCUGGGAUGGUUACAUGCACAUCAGCAAUUGAGCCAUUUCCUUUACAGAGGUUCCAAGAACCGUUUCCAGUUUUCUUCCAACAGAAAUAUAUAACAGCUACUGGGAUAGUAACAAUGACUGCACAGGUCACAACACUAGCGACAAUUUGAACAUUUGAAUUCUUUCCUGUUGUUUAAAAGUCAUUAGCAUUGCAUCUUUAGUCAAGUCACUGUGCUUGACAAACAAUGCAAGUAGACUGGCAGAACUUGAUAUUUUCAGCACAAAUAUUAUAUUAGAAACUAUGAAGUGCAAACUGUAAACAUAAAAAAUCUACCAUUGUCGAUACGAAAUGGUCAUUUAUAAAGCAUAAAUGUGUUAGGUGCUUCCACGCUGCGUCUUAUGCAGAUAAAUCAAACAGAGGUAACUCUCAAAUAUCAAUAUCAAGUAACACAAGGUGAAAGGCCAACAAGCCAGUCGAUGCUGAUAGUGAAUGUUGAACAAAAAGUUUAAUAACAACGGAGGGAACCGUCGAAUGUCAUCAAGCUAAAUCUCAACAUCCAUAAAAACUGCUUCUCUCUAAAGCCUUCAGAAGUAGUCUUUAACCAAGAGUUGGUUGAGUAGUUUAUUUGAAGACAUUUCAACCAGAAAAGUAUCCCACUUCUGACACCAACUGUUACAUAUUUAUUUAUCUUCUGGCUAAAUGUACACAUGAAAACACAAAAGAAAUCAAUGCAAAGAACUUGAACUUCAAUUACUUAUAACUUAAAUUACUAUUAAAAUUUAGUCGCUAAAAUUUAGUCGCUGUAGAUUAGAAGGUGGAAGGCUGUACAAUAUCUGCUUUCAACUGUACUUAACUCAAACUUGUAACAAGCCGUACUCAAAAUAACAGCUGUUUGUCAACUGCUCAUACAGUUCUCUCUGGUUUUUAUAGGGUCCACAAUCGUUCUCAAAUAUUGCAUAAACACUCCUAGUACCUUCUGGAACAUCACAUGAGGAUACGUCACAUCCUGUCUUUUUUUAGGAAGUGAGAAAAUUAUUUUUUUUCUUAUGCCUGCCUCAAGCUAUCCAUGUAUGAGGGAUGUGAUAAUAGUGUAUCCUACAUCUAAAUAAAAAAAAAUGCCCAAAGUGUGUGAGCAUAAUGAAUAUAUUAAGGACCUGUGCUAUUUCACUAACUCACUUGGUCUUGCCAUGUCAAUGUUAAGCAAACUGUGCAGUCAGUGCAAGUAAAUUCAUUUUUGCUCGUUAGGUUCAUUUUGGUCCAUGACAUCAGCUUUAGUUUUUCCCACAUUUGCAAACUGUGUAGCAAAGUUGGAGCAACUUUUAAGAUUCACCAACGAAAAUAUAAAGUUGGUCUUGAAUCCUUUUAGUUAUUCCAUACACCUUGUAGUUCAGGAGCUCUUCCUUGUGUAUGUGCCUAUUGUUUCCUAUUGCAUAACGAACCAUCAAAGUAGAAUGGAUGUCAGUUUCCUUUUGUGAAUUGUCAAAUGCUUGGUCUUUGAGCAUUGGCAAAUAUAGCCCUAAGAGAGUUGGAGCAAGGAUUUAUCCUGAUGCUGUUAUCAUUUUGGUCCUAAUAACCAGCUAGUACAAGCUUGGAUGUGGUAUAGUAACAUUCUAAAAUGUUGUGACCUUUUUUGUUCAACAUUAGCAUUGAGUGAGUAUACAUUCAAGAAGUUUUGUUAUAAAUGUAACUUAUAUGCCUGAUACACAUUCAGAGUAAAACAUUGAUAUACUGGUAGUACUAGAGGUCUCAUCUUUUCCAUUAUAUUUAUUUAAAAAAAAAAAAUAACCUUAUUCUUUUAAAGUAUUAUAAACAAACAUGAGGCCAGUGUCCAGUUAAAUUCCCUAUACUGGUUUUACAAACUACUAAUUUAUUAUUCCAUAACUAUUAACAAUUUAAACAAAACUAGUCUAUUUUUUUUUCUUAAUGCCAUACUAUAAAUAUCAUUGUAUUCAUGGUGUCUUAUGGCUUAAUUAAAAAUGAUUUCAUUGUUAUGUUUUGUGUUGCUGGAUACUUGGUCCACUUCUUACUUUGUAUGAAGAUAUUCAAGUGAAUUAAAAGAACUCAAUUCAA